AUGACCACCUCAGUCUACCCCUACCCAUCACAAGCCAAAGCUUCCCUCGAGACCUCCGCCGCAAGCAACAGCAACACCACGAAGUUAGAGCAGAAACUAGAUUGGUACAAAACGUAUCAUCGCAACUCCGCAAUCGCUUUCUCCGUCCUCGCAAUCCUGAUCGUCGCUUUCAUCGCUUUCAAAAUCUGGAGGUUUAUUCGUCAUCGGAAGAAGAAUGCUAUUAAUCGUGUUGAUGAUGCUACGGGCGGGAAACUUGAGAGGACUUGGUAUGGGAGAGGGGCGAAGAAGGUUGUUGGGCGUAUGAUCUAG